GUCUGCCAUGUUUUGUCCUACUUGUCGCGCUUGAUCAACGCGUUCGCGAUUUCAGUUAAAAACUAUUAUUUUACUGAAUGUAUCACGGGCUGUGUUUUGUUUACAAAUAGUGUAGUUAAAGACUUUAAAAUUACGCUGAUGUAACGUGAAGUUAAUUAAUUACUUUUGAUACUUACGUGUAUUAUGGUGUAGUUCGCAUUUCAUCAAAAUUGAAAUUGUUCACGAGCUUGCUAUUGCACCGUCGUGAAUAGGAAUUCCGCAACGAUUUUAAAUACAUAAAAUUUUAGCUACUUUAAUAAUAAUAAAUAAGUUAAAUCCUGUGACGCAACCCACGUGCACAUAAUUUAACAAGCAUCUCAUGCACAUUUGUUAUUAUUUUGUUCGCGGCCCGCGAGUUCGAUUCGAGCCUGUAAGGAUCGGAUCGAAUAAGAGAAAUCGUGUCGUCCGUCUUGCUCCCUCCCGUCGCCUUUCGUUCCGUUACAUUCAUUCAUUUUCAUAAACCGAAAUAGAUUUUUUUCUUAAGUGUAAUUGUUUUGGUGUGCGAAGAGCGGAGAAUAGUGUUGGUGGUAUCGGUGUGGUCUGGGCGCAUUGAGCGCACACGUGACGACAGACGAGUGUUUGGGUGUCAGUCUGGUUACUGGUAGGGCUCGCGGGCGCCGGGCGCACGCUACAGUCCGCCUGCAGUGCGGAGCGCGGCGGGCAGCGAAGGUGAAUCACCGCGAGGUGCCGUGUUGAUCGUGCUUAUUUACCCGCGAGUGCAUCGUUAAGUGCGUGGAGCGGAAGUGCAAAGGCAUGUGCGGCGCGGGCUGGCGCCGAUGACAUCGCCGUCCGAGGCGACGGCGUUUUGAGCCAGUGAGCGUGUGUUAGUUAUGCCUCUUGGGUUAUGAGUGUGUGACAAAGUUGUAGUGUAUUGAGGACACUGGAGCCCCUAGACGGAGUUGGGCCCGCUGGGGCGGCCCUGGUGCUUCUCGGGGCUCCGCACGAAGGCAAAAUGGCAGCGUGGAACCGCCACCACCAUUUCAACAUGCUCAUGGAUGAGAAUGCCAAAAACAAAUUGGGCGUGGUCGGCGGCGGCAUGCCGGAGGCCGCCGGCGGCGAGAGGCGACACGUUCCUCUAUAUGGUCGGCUGGUUGCCGAGGAGCAACUUGCCUCUAUGAGCGCGCCUUCGGACAUUCAGGUGAGCGCCCCAGUGCGCAACCCAAGAGCUUUCAGGCGCUACCGUACCCCCGCCCAGGCUAUGCAAGCUCGAAUACCGCAUCAUUUUCGGGACCCUUCAACAGCGCCGUUAAGGAAACUUAGCGUCGAUCUCAUUAAAACAUAUAAACACAUAAACGAGGUAUACUACGCGAAAAAGAAACGGAGAGCGCAACAGUACCUCGGCGACGACGGUUCAAACAAAAAGGAGAGGAAACUAUAUAACGACGGUUACGAUGAUGAUAACCACGAUUACAUCAUCAAACAGGGCGAGAAGUUCCUCGACCGGUACGAGAUCUCAUCGCCGAUCGGCAAGGGCUCGUUCGGACAGGUUGUGAAAGCAUACGACCACGAGGAGCAGUGUCAAGUAGCGAUAAAAAUAAUUAAGAAUAAGAAACCUUUCCUAAACCAGGCACAAAUAGAAGUCAAGUUACUAGAAAUGAUGAACAGGGCGGAUGCCGAAAAUAAGUAUUAUAUAGUAAAACUGAAGCGUCACUUCAUGUGGCGGAACCACCUGUGCCUAGUGUUCGAGCUGCUCUCGUACAACCUGUACGAUUUGCUGCGGAACACCAACUUCCGAGGUGUCUCGCUGAACCUGACGCGUAAAUUCGCGCAACAGCUUUGCACCGCGUUACUGUUCCUUAGUCAACCUGAACUAAAUAUAAUUCACUGUGAUCUUAAGCCUGAGAAUAUUCUACUAUGCAACCCCAAGAGGUCAGCCAUAAAGAUUGUGGACUUUGGUAGUUCAUGUCAACUAGGUCAAAGGAUAUACCAAUACAUCCAAUCAAGGUUCUACAGAUCGCCGGAGGUCCUUUUAGGCAUUCCGUACGACCUAGCGAUCGAUAUGUGGUCUCUUGGUUGCAUACUGGUCGAGAUGCACACUGGCGAGCCGUUGUUCAGCGGAGCCAACGAGCUCGACCAGAUGAACAAGAUCGUUGAAGUCUUGGGCAUGCCGCCGGAUCAUUUGUUGGAUCAGGCACACAAAACAAGAAAGUUCUUUGACAAAUUACCAGCGUCCGAAGGCGGUGGUUACGUUCUGAAGAAGGUAGCGGGCAAAGAUGGCGGUUACAGGAAGUACCGCGCGGCGGGCACGCGGCGCCUGCACGACAUCCUCGGCGUGGAGGGCGGCGGGCCGGCGGCGCGGCGGCGCGGCGAGCCCGGACACUCCGUCUCCGACUACCUCAAGUUCAAGGACCUAAUUCUGCGCAUGCUGGAGUACGACCCGAAACAGCGCGUGACGCCGUACUACGCGCUGCAGCACAACUUCUUUAAGCGCACCGCCGACGAGUCCACCAACACGCAGCAAGCGCAGUCGCAUCACCAGCACGUGGGCGGCGCGCGGCUGUGGGGCGCCGAGCGCAUGGAGGUGGAGGGCGUGCGGCGCGACGACGACCUGCUGCAGCCCGUGUGCCUGCAGCACAGCCCCGUCGCCAUUCAUUAGCGGCGCGACCGUGCCCUGCUGCAGCCGGUGUGCCUGCAGCACAGCCCCGUCGCCAUUCAUUAGCGGCGCGACCGUGCCCUGCUGCAGCCCGUGUGCCUGCAGCACAGCGCCGUCGCCAUUCAUUAGCGGCGCGACCGUGCCCUGCUGCAGCCCGUGUGCCUGCAGCACAGCUCCGUCGCCAUUCAUUAGCGGCGCGACCGCGCCCUGCUGCGGCCCGUGCGCCUGCAGCACAAGCUCGUCGCCAUUCAUUAGCGUCGCGACCGGCCCGUCGCCGGCCUCGAGCGCCACUAGCGCCGCGCGCGCCGCAGUGACUCACAGUGCGCGAGUGACGGCGCUCGCCCCGUGGCGACGCUCUCGGACUGAAUCCAUAUUUAUAAUUCUAUAUUUUUAUUUAAUGCGAUAAGUCUGACUGUAAAGAGACAUUGUGGUGACGAUUUGUUACGUUGUAACAUGUAUUGUAUUAUUUGUUCGUAAACGCUUCACUCGACCGUACUUAGAGGGUUCCGCGGGGCCGUGGAGGCCCCCCCCCACAUCCGGACGCAUCAAGGGCAUGAAAGCUAGGUUUUUUUAUUGUUACGCAAUGCAUAUCAAAGACGCAAUAUGGUAGAAAAUAAAUAUUGUACAUAAAUUUAGGAGACCGAAUAAUAAUGGAUACAGACUGCGACUUAAACCGGUUAAUAUAGUUUAGAUACAUCUAUGCUAGUUAAGCUUUCGUUCAGUUAAUUAUCGCAAGCUUUAUAUUUUUAAAGUGUCGGCAACUGAUGACUGAAAAUCAAAGGGCCAAACAGAAUUUCAUUUUAUCGAUACAACCAAAUAAAAAAAUAGAUUAAAAAUAAUAAUAAUAAUAAAAAAAGUAUUUUUUGACUGCACAAAUUGACUCGAAUCGAUUCUCCUGACGUUGAAAUCAUUUGAAACUUUGCCCUCGCAUUUCAGAGUUGUUGUAUAUUGUAAAUGUUUUAACUCCAAUCUCGAAUGCAUGAGAUUUGAGAUUCAGUACAUCAAUACACGUGUACUGUGUUACAUAUAGGUUAUUUUUGACCCAUUGGAAUAUUCAGACGAUAUGUAAAACAAAGAAUAGUGUAUAGGUAAUUCUAUAAAAAAAAAACACAAAAUGUACUUGUAGGUUACGGGAAUGUUCAUCAUAUAUAAAGAAAAUUUUUUUGGGUAUUUCAAAUAGGAGUUAAUAAAUUAAACUGACUUGUUCAACCUUUUUGGAUUUGAAUCUACAAUAGAUUAACCUCAUUGCAACAGACUGGUCGUAACUUUGUAACGGAGAUAUUUUGUAUAGCAUACACUGAAUCACUGCCUUAUUGUGCCGGAACUUUUAUGGAUAAGGCCCGCUACUCACUUGCUUUUUUUGCGUCCAUGAUUGUGUGUCGUGAAACGUGACUUAUGUAAGUUGUACCUUGUAGUACAAAUGUAUUGCACAUAUUAUUUGUAUAAUAUUGUAUACUGUAAUGUUAUAAGAGAAUACUGGGACUCUUUGGUACAAAAUGGAGUUUGAUAUUCUAUAGUGUCUAUAUUGUAUGUAAUAAAGAGGCAAAGAGGUUGUAUAUUAGAUUUUGCUUGUAUAGCAAUAAAAUAUCGACUUUGCAUAAUUUUGACGGGAUCCUGUGGAUAGUCGAUUAGGGUCUAACGAGUAGCUUUUUUAUACUCUGUUAUAGACACAGAAAUACCAUAGAGGAUAAUUUAAUACGGAUAUAUUAACGGUCACAGCUGUCCUGGGUUGCGGGUACGAGCGUCGGUUAAAAAGUUGCGUCAGUAGCGGGCCUUAGAAUUAGCGACUUUACCCUGAACACAUGUGAUUUAGCAAAUUAUAUUUUUUUCAAUUGUGUAUAGUUCGUGAACCGACUGAUGUUAGACGUUCAGGGUGAAGCGGCUAACGAUGACAUUGCAACUGAUAGCAGAUUUUUUUGUGCUGCAGAAUGUUGCCGUGAUUUUUUAUAUAAAAAAACAACUCCCCACACCCCGAAAACUUAUUUUAAAAUAACAAUGUUUGUAUGGUACAAUUAUUUUCGUACAUGAAGCAUGAAAGUAUUUUAUUAUAUGAUUUCUAGCUCUGUAAGCGCUGCGACUGUUUUCCAACUGUUAUUUUGUUCAUUUAAUUGUAGAUUUGAAUCUAUUUCUAAUCUCUGGUCUGAAAUAUAAAUUUUUCGAAUAUCUGUAUAAUAUUUACUGUAUUAAUAAUACUUUUUUGCUUCAUGAGGUUAUAGGAUUGUUAGAAAUAAGAAAUAGGUAUGGGAAAACAGUUUUGUUUGAUUAUAGGAAAGUAACAAAUUAUUAUGCUGACGGGUCUCCGAGAUUACUCAAGUGUUCUUAAGUUCUUUGUAAUAUAAACGAUAAUGUUAAAUGUUCUUCAUAAUUCAAAUGUAACGAUAUUAUGAGAAUAUUUUUUUUAAUUAAUAUUAUAAUAAUUGUAAAUCGAUUGUACACGAAUAUUUUGUGAUAUUGCUCUAUGUCGUUCAGACUGACUCAUUACAGCAUGGGAAGUGUCGCGUACCGAAGCGAAUAUAAUACAUAGGAAUGAGUCAGUCUGGACAGCUAUCGUACCAAUGCCUUAAAGGGGACCCGUCGUACCAAUGUUAUUUUUCACAACGGAGCCUGAUAAAGUGAUAAAUUGAUACAAAAAUAAUAAAAACACCAACCUAUUCGUAAAGUUCUAACUUUACCAUUACUCAAGGAUGGCCCUAGGUCUAGGCGUUUGCUUGAGUAUGUUAUAUACUGUACUAUUUAUUUGUAUUGACAUGUUGGACGAGUGACAGCUGCGCGAGGAGCUAAAUGUUUAUUUCCUAUCGAAUUGUCAGUUCGCAGGCACUGUAACAAUAAAAGGAUAGAGCUUUAUGUCACUAAGUUUUGUAUUUUAAAUCAAUAAACGAUAGCAAUGAUUU